CGCACAUCGUUGUCGCUUACGAAUUUUUUACGGUUUAUACUUUAUUAUAAGAUAAAUUAUAAAAAAUCAGUUUAUUAUUCGCUUGUUUCGUUCAAAAUUUUAGUUCGAGCGUUCAGUUUGGGACAAAUAUUUCCGCCUAACACGACUGGCCAAUUUGAUUCAUCAGAUGGGUUGUCUGUCGAGCAAGGAAGAAAAAGAAGCCUCAGUGAGGUCGAAACAGAUUGACCAGAGGCUGAAGAUGGAUGCCGAGUCACAAUCCCAACAUAUUAAAUUAUUACUAUUGGGAGCUGGUGAAUCUGGAAAGAGUACCUUCCUAAAGCAGAUGAAAAUCAUAUAUGAGAAUGGUUACUCGAUAGAAGAGUGCCUAUCGUACAAAGUGGUCGUACACAACAACACCAUUCAGAGUUUGAUUGCCAUGUUGAGGGCUUUGGGAGGACUUAAGUUGACCUUUAGUGAUCCUGAAAGAAUUUCAGAUGCACGAUUAUUUUUCGAGUUGGUUGAGAAGAAGGAGGAUGUUGAUUUGAACAUGGACCUUGCAAAAAUCAUGAAGAGGUUGUGGCUCGAUCCAAAUCUCCAACUUUGCUUUAAGCAGUCCAAGUGCUAUCAACUCAAUGAUUCCGCUGAAUAUUUUCUAAACUCGUUGGAUCGAAUCAGUCAGGAAAAUUACAUCCCGACAACACAGGAUGUCCUCAGGACAAGAGUCAAGACAACAGGAAUUGUUGAGAUGACGUACAAAUUGAGAGGAGUAACCUUCAAAAUCUUUGACAUCGGGGGUCAGAGGUCGGAGCGUAAAAAGUGGAUUCACUGUUUCGAGGGUGUGACGGCAAUAAUAUUUCUCGUGGCUUUGAGUGAAUAUGAUCUUGUACUCUACGAAGAUCAUACUGUUAACCGUAUGAUAGAAAGUAUGAACCUCUUCCACAGCAUCUGUAGUACGAAGUGGUUUGAAAAGACCUCCAUCAUAUUAUUCCUCAAUAAAAAAGAUCUAUUUGCUGAGAAAAUUCAUAAUUCGCCGCUCACUGUUUGCUUUCCCGACUACAAAGGUCCGAGCACUUACGAGGAUUGUGGUGCGUUCAUCCAGUCGAAGUUCGAGCAGCUGAAUACGCGGCUGGAAGUGAAGGAGAUCUACGUCCAUUUCACGUGCGCCACCGACACCAACAACAUCCAAUUCGUUCUCGUAUCUGUUACUGACAUCAUCAUUAGGAACAACUUGAAGAGUUGUGGGCUCUUUUGAGGUGUUCUGACCGUGAUGAUGACCGUUAUGAUUCUGGCGAAUAUGAUUCUGGUGGUGAUUGUGGCCGUUAUGCUUGUUAUGGUUAUUAUUGUCGUGAUUAGGUUUGUAAUGUUGAUGACUGUAGCAGUUAUGAUAAUGAUUGAUUGUACGGAGAUGGUGAAUAUUAUGAUUAUGAUAAAAACUGAUUAAAGUGAAUGAAUUUGUGCCUAACUUUCCUAACAUAUCAGUCAGUUUACUUUUGAAACAUCAAAUUUUCGAUCUCUACAUCUAUAAAUAUUUUUUCUUUUUUUUUUCAUUUUUCUAUUGUUUUUGCAUUCUUUCAUCGUUCUUUUAUUAUUUUUUAAUUAAUUAAUUAUUUUGAUGUAUCAGCAAUGAACAUUUUGAAAUAUGAUGUCUGAAAUAAUUAUGUCAUAUUGGUGUUAUUUACUGUUCACUUUUCUCUAUAAUGUUUCGUUCAUUAAUAUAUAUAUAUGAAGUAAUUAUGCAUUAAUUAUAGUCUUUUACCAGCAUAUAUAUGCGUAAUAUAUAUAUAUAUAUAUGUAUGUAUGUAUUUCUAUACAUGUAUAUGGGUAUUUUUGAACAAAGUAUUAUUAAUUAGUUAAAUAUUUUUCUAUACUAAAAGACAAUAGCCGUAUUUUUGUAUUGGGUCGUUUAUAUUAUAUGAAUGAAUAUAUGUACAGAUGUGUAUAUAUAUAUAUAUAUUUAUAUAACUAUGAUAUAUAUAUAUAUAUAUAUAUACAUAUAUCUGUAUGUAUAUAUACAGUUAAACCUUGUGUACGCCAACGUCAACAUAUACAAUUAAAAGAAAGAAAUAUAAUAAUAGCUUUUUACAUACUUCUUAUUUGCGACAAUAAGCAAAAUUGUCAAUCAAAUUAACGAGCCAUAGAUGUCGAAUGAAUACGUUGAUUAAUUUUCA